AUGUUCUAUGUAGCUUCGCUGAAGCUGUUGCAAAUUACUGUUUUGAACCGGCGUUGGAUAUUUGCUUCACUGAUUCAAUUAUUUAAUGCAAUUAUUUUAUUAAAUAUUCGACAAAUUAACGCAAUCUUUCCGAGGAAAUUAAAGCACUUGACUUGUCUACCGGAAGACGAAAACUACGAAAAUAUUUUGCCAUAUUUUAAUGGAAUCAUCAAACUUAUGAUUAAAUAUUUAUUUGUGAUUGUUACCCUGCAAAUAAAAUUCAAUAUUGAAACUAAUUAA